AUGGCGAUCACAACUGCCAUCUCCGACCUCUUCAAGAGCUUCUACGAGCUCAUCGCUUCGGUCCUGAGCGCCGCCUACGCCGUGGUGCAUAGCACGGUCGACGCCGUCCUUGGCUUCAUCACCGGUCUGGUCACCUUGCUCGGCGACAUCACUGGCGGAGUUAUCGACGUAACCAGUGGCGUUGGCAAGUUUAUCCUAGGAAACUUCGUCGUCGUGUCUAUCGGAGCCCUGGCCGCUUUCGGGUAUUUGCGAUACACGGCCCAGGGACGACAGCUCUUGGCAAACAAGAAGGCUACUCAGCCUGCCGUCGCCAAGAAGACGAACUAA